AGUGGAUGAGUGAUCACCUGUCCAAUCACUAACAUUAAGACUAUAUAUGAAAGAAAGGACCAAUUCUGUGUCAAGAACAUAUAACAAUUACUAAACAGUUUGGCGCUCGUCGCUUUUGGUCGCUUAUUGAACUUCUGAAAGAAGUCGAACGUGAAUUGAAACCGGAAAGUCAAUUGAUUUGGGCUAGUUAGAAGGAAAAACAAUAAAGAAGUAAACAAAUAUGAAGCAAUGUUCUUUAAAUAAGCAUGGCAAUGGCAAUUUGUCAGAUAGUUCCAAUUCCGAAAGCAAUUCUGCGAAAGAAUCAAAAAAGGUACAGUUUUCUCCUGAAAUUGUACAACCGGAGCCAAGGAACCCGGAACGGAAGCCUCGAAGGCCAUCAAUUGCGGCGACUAGAGAGAUCCAUUCCGGUAUAAAUCAAAUACCUAAAAAAGAAGACAUAAAGCUCGAAGAUUUAAGUCCGAAGCCUCCUCUGUUAUAUGAUGUCAAGAAAAAAGCAAAUACUAGUGAGUUAUUUCCUUCCAUACGAGAAGAAGAUGGUGGAUCUACUCCAUUAGGAGUGAAAACCAGAAAGAUUGCCAAACACCAGAUCCGCCAAGAGUCAACAAUCGAUAUUCCUGGUCUGACCGUAUCCCGGAAAGCUGAAAAUGAAAUGAAUUGUGGAUCCUACGGCAUUAGAGAAAAGUUGGUGAUUGUGCUUGUGGGAAUUCCCGCAACAGGAAAGUCGUAUAUCGGUUCCAAGCUUGUUCGCUAUUAUAAUUGGCUUAGGUAUAAUUGUCGAUUCUUCAGUGUUGGUGAUAAACGUCGUGAAGAAGGAGCGAGCAAAUAUUCCAUGUCUGCUCCAUUCUUCGACUUUGAAAAUCAGGAAUUAGCAAAUUUUCGAGAAUAUCUAGCCAUGGAAACUCUUGAAAACCUAUUGCGUUGGUUACUGAACGAAAAUGGUGUAAUCGGUGUAUUAGAUGCCACCAACUCUACGUUUCAAAGAAGAAAAUUAAUAUAUGACCGAAUUAGCCAAGAGGAAAAGUUAGGUAUAAUGUUUUUGGAAAGCGUGUGUACUGAUGAAGCCCUUUUUCAACAAAACAUGGUUUUAAAAGCUAGAGGCCCUGAUUACGAAGGGUUUGAUGCAGAAGAAGCAUUAGUAGAUUUACAAAAGCGUGUUGAAUUAUAUCGGAAAUAUUAUGAGCCUAUUGAUGAACGCGAAGAAGGCCUUCCCUUUUUGCAAUACGUUAAAGUUAUCAACGUAGGAAUUAAAGUCAUUACACAUAACAUUGAAGGGUUUUUGACUGGUCAAGCCGUCUACUUCAUGCUCAAUUUGAAUAUCAGGAAACGUCAAAUAUGGCUGACUCGGCCUGGAGAAUCCAAUGAUACCAUUGCUGGCAGAGUAGGAGGAGAUGCUCCAUUAACCGACCUUGGCGUGCAAUAUGCCGAAGAUUUGGCAAAAUUUGUCGACCGACAACGUGUGUUAUGGCAAUUACGUGAAACGACCGAAAGAUUGAACUCCAAGAAACUGAGCUUUGAGGAAGAAGGCUUUAAUGUUUGGUCUUCCGUUCGACAGCGUGCUGUGGAAACAUCACAGUUCUUUAAUCCUGCGGUAUACGAUGUCAAGAAAAUGCGAAUGCUGAAUGAUUUAAAUUUUGGUUCCCACGAAGGCUUAACACUGAAAGAAUUUGCUGAAAAUUUUCCUGAAGAAUACCGGGUCAUUCAGCAAAAAGACGUUUCUUACCGAUUUUCUGGGCUUGGCGGAGAAAGUUAUUUGGAUGUUGUUCAUCGCUUGCAACCGAUCAUUGUAGAAUUGGAAAGGAGCUCUGCAAAUGUUUUGGUCAUCGCACAUCGAGUGGUGUCGAAUAUCCUGAUGACCUAUUUUCUCAAUUAUAGUCCUGAAGAAAUUAUUGAUGUAGGACUUCCCUUACAUACUCUUUAUUGUAUUGAAUCAGAUCGCUAUUCUACUGUAUGUAAACUCUACAAUUAUGAUGCCGAGGAAAGGAGUUUUGUGAGGGUUUCUGAAUGACAUAUUCUUUCAAGUACCUAUAUUUAAUUUUUUAAUUUCCAUUAUUCAUGAUCAAAGUUUGUUACGAACUCGAACUCUGAGAGAUAAACUUGUUGACGAUUGAUUAUAUCAGAAAUAUACGUUUGUGAAAUAUAAUAAAACUCGAUUUCUCUAUUCUA